CUGGAUUUCGAUGUGAAACGUCAGUGGUUCAAAACUCAAAUGCGUCGACUCAGGCAACAGGCCAGUCGGCGCCACGGCAGUUUGCGCCUUCAGAUUCGACGCAAGUACGUAUUUGAAGACGCCUACCACCAACUUCGGCUUCGCAAUGCUGAUGAGAUGCGAGGUCGGCUCCAGAUUACUUUUAGAAACGAAGAAGGUGUUGACGCCGGAGGUCUUUCUCGGGAGUUUUUCGCGAUCCUCGCGAAAGAGAUUUUCAAUCCAAACUACGCGCUGUUCACUUCUACCGAAGAUGGAUGUACGUUCCAACCCAACCCGAACAGCAGUAUAAACCCCGACCACUUGAGUUACUUUCGGUUCGUUGGCCGAAUUGUUGGCAAAGCUGUAUCCGACGGAUACCUCCUGGAUGCUCACUUUACGAGAAGUCUUUACAAGCACAUGUUGGGACUGAAGCCGACACAUCACGACAUGGAAGCCAUUGACCCUGAUUAUUACAAGAAUUUAAAGACGAUACUCGAGUACAACUUGGCAGACAUCGGUCUGGAUCUUACGUUUUCUAUAGACGACCACUCUUUUGGACGAAGUCAAGUGAUUGAUUUAAUCUCAGACGGAAGAAGCGUCGCCGUCACAGAGACAAAUAAGGAGGAAUAUGUUCGCAUGGUUUGUCAACAUCGCAUGACAACUGCUAUCCAGAGCCAGAUAAAAGCCUAUCUCGACGGGUUUUACGAGCUAGUGGAUGUAGAUCACAUCGCCAUCUUUACUGCCAGAGAACUCGAACUGUUGAUUUCAGGGUUGCCAGAUAUAGAUGUCUUCGAUCUAAAGAAGAAUACGGACUAUGUUGGAUGGAAAGCCACUGAAAAUGAAAUAGAGUGGUUUUGGAACAUUAUGAUGUCGCUUUCAAGAAACGAGAAGGCGACAUUUCUGCAAUUUGUUACGGGAAGUUCCAAGGUCCCUUUGAGCGGAUUCUCCGAGCUUCAAGGCAUGAGAGGCAUUCAAAAGUUUAGCAUUCACAAAGUCGGCAGACCUAUGGGCUCCCUCAUGUCCGCUCACACAUGUUUCAACUCAUUAGACCUCCCGCCGUAUAGCAGUGAGGAAGAAAUGCGUGAGAAGUUCUUGCUAGCUAUCAACGAAGGUGCCAGCGGCUUCUUGUUUGCUUAG